AAAAGGUAAAAUUUUCAGUGUUGAUAUUUUUGCCCUUGUCAAAAUCCUCCAUUUUUAGGCGUCCCCCAGUCCUCUUCAAAUGCAAAGAAACUCUCUUCUUCGUCUCCUCUCCGACUCUCUCUCCCCCUCUCUCUCUCUCUCUGAUUACUUGAACUUCUCAUUUCUCACCACUCUCUCUCUCUCUCUCUCUCUCUCUCUAAAUAUAUAUAUAUAUAUAUAUCCUGAAAAUUUGUUAUUGAGCCGAAAGGGUUGAAGAAUUCAAUGGAAAAUCCGGAGUUCUUCGAAGGAGGUUACUACAACGCCGCCCAAUUCAAGCCCGAGAGGCUCCACUCUGACACCAAGUCCGCCGGCGACCACUUCAUAGUCGAAGACCUCCUCGAAUUCCCCAACGACGACGCCGUUGCCGCCGACUACGGCUUCAACUCCUCCACUGUCACCGGCACCGGCACCUCCACUGUCACCGCCCUAGACAGCUGCAACUCCUCCUUCUCCAGCAGCGAACCUCACUUUCUCGCCGACGUUGGUUGCCGAGGCUUCGCCGACGCUCAAUUCUCAGGCGACCUAUGCGUCCCGCAUGACGAAUUAGCUGAGCUCGAAUGGCUCUCGAAUUUCGUUGAAGAAUCAUUUUCAUGCGAGGACUUGCAGAAGCUGCAGCUGAUUUCCGGCAUAAAAGCCCGGCCAAAUGACACGUCGGAAACCCAUGAAUUCCAAGCGGAAGCAAACCAAAUCAAUCCCAUGUAUCGCCCGGAAGUGUCGGUGCCCGGCAAAGCGCGUAGCAAACGCUCACGCGCCACCCCAUGCAACUGGACAUCUCGCCUCUUGGUCCUCUCUCCGUCGUCCACGGAGGGCCCCGACUCCACCGAGACCGACAUUAAGAAAACCCCGAAACCAAAGAAGAAAGAGGGCGGAGAUAAUAACACGACGUCGACUGGCGGCGAGGGGAGAAAGUGCCUGCAUUGCGCCACCGACAAGACGCCGCAGUGGCGGACGGGGCCCAUGGGACCGAAGACGCUUUGCAAUGCUUGUGGCGUUCGGUACAAGUCGGGGCGGCUGGUGCCGGAGUACCGGCCGGCGGCUAGCCCGACGUUUGUGCUAACGAAGCACUCGAAUUCUCACCGGAAAGUGAUGGAGCUGCGGCGGCAGAAGGAGCUUAAGAGGGCGCAGCAGCAGCAGUUGAUUCAUCAGAACUUGAUGUUUGAUCAUCACAUAUCGGACGGCGAUGAUUACUUGAUACACCAGGCCGUGGGGCCCGAUUUCCGCCAAAUGAUCUAGUACGUGCUGUACUAUGGUAGUGAAGUGAAGCUUCGAGGAUUCGGCGGAUUUCGUCCUAGAAUUUCAUAGCUUUCUAAUUUCUUCCUAGUAUAAUUAAUCGUUUCCUAACUUUGAAAUUUUGUAGUUUUUUUUUUCCUUUUUUUUUUAAUUUCCAGACAAUUUGAUUAAAAAAAAAGAAAAAAGUGAAGAGGAAGAAGGGGGAGCUUAGGUUAGGCCAUCAUGUUGUGUAGACUCUUUAAUAUCCUCCCCGACCUUCUUUGC